GCGUCAUUGGAAAUCUCCGUACAAUUCAUAUCAACUUACUUUUGAUUUCAACGGAUGGUCACAAUACAUAAAUUCGAACGAACAAGUUACACGAGUUUGAAGAAGUACAGGUUGCGUUUAGCAAGAUGUGGAACCUUUCAGUGGAUAUGGAAGCCGCGCCAAGAGAAUCAAGGAUGCAGAACAAGGAAAGCGAUAUUGGUGUCAGAAGAGCGUCGAACAAAAAGCAUCAUCAAAACCUUCAAUCAAUCAUGCAGAUUCCAGAGCAUUUCGCAGAAUUGUCUAUUCGGAUGUUUGGCGCACUUGACGACAGUGGAGCUGGGAAGGAAACUGUAUUGGAGCGGAGGAGAACUUUCUUGCGGAGGGAGCACAUUGAGAAAAUAGCAUUUCAACUACAAGGAAACAACAUUGAGUGUUUUCAUUUCGGGAGCCAGUCGGAAGGGACCACAACUCCCGGUCUCCAGUCUGAUAUUGAUUUCCUAUUAAGCGACAACAAAUGUAAUAUCAUGACAGUCUGGGAAGACUGGAGGACUGGGAUGUAUAACCUUCUGAUGCUCCACGACAACACCACUCCACCUCAACAGUACUUGCUACAAGUCAUCCAUACCGACACACCGGAACCAGUGACCAGUCUGACCGAUGACAUGUUCGUAAGGAAAGAUUCUGGGCAAAUACUGUUCAGCGCUGAAAGAUGGAAAAAUAAAAUCGCGUAUGAUACUAGAGAUCAAGUAUCAUGUACAUUUCAUGUACGCAAACCUCUUCCUGAAAUACAGCACUGGAUAGACAGAUGUAGAGGUAAACACUGGCCACCUGUUCAGCUUCUCGAGGCUGCACGGAUAGCUCCGUGUUUCCUGGUACCAGCAGGACAUCCAGACAGUGAUUACAAGCGAGAAGAAUGGCGACUGUCUCCAGACCUCAUAGAACGAAUGUUGACAUUUAGCUUCAAUAUGACUCAAAUAAAAUGUAACAUUGUUUUAAAACUUAUCAAAAAAUCAUUAUUUGCUUACAUUGUGGGGGAUGCUAUUACAAGCUUUCAUUGUAAAACUAUAAUGUUUUUCACCAUGGAAAGAACACAUCCUUCUCUGUGGUGCGAACACAACCUUAUGUCUGUACUUUUGCUCUGUUUACACUUAUUAAGGCGAUGGCUGCGAUUGGGAAGGCUUCCGCAUUAUAUCAUAGAAGGUGUGAACUUGUUCGAUGGGAAACUCUCAAAGUUGCUGCAGAAACGCCUUUUAGUGUAUAUAGACUCGUUGAUAAGUAAUAACUUACAAGAUGUUUUUUGUAUUGGUAUAGAUAAUAUAGGAUGUCGGUUACAAGCAUGUAGUAUGCGGCAUACUGUACAGGCUGGAGAACUCAGAGGUGUAUUAUUACAUAACAGCAUCAGAUUACUGCUGAAGUUUGAGUACUUGGAAAGUUUGAAACGUGUGUUAACAGUUAUCAAACAUAAACUGAGCAGUUCUCAUACAACCUUCGAGCAUAAAUUAAAAUACAUAAUACACAAUUGUUUUGAAUGUAUUGAAAACUCAACGAAUGUCAUGUCAAAAACUGCUGCUCUUGAAUUGAUUAAACACUUUUAUGCGUUACACAUUUCAGUUCAAUCAUCUUACUAUUUGCGACUACAAAACGUUCUUGACAGCGAAAAUAUAAGGCGUGUCCGAUAUUCCUUAAAUUCGGAUGUAGCUUCUAGUCGCUUAAAGUUUGCUUCUAUGCUAUACUGCAGUGGUCAUCUACAAGCGGCAGUUCGAGUGUUGGAGGAUGUGGAGAGGAGGUAUCCCAGCAAGGUCAAGGCUCUGUGUGUAUUUAGAAGACUAACGGGAGACAGGGAUCUGAAGGUGUUUGCUGAUAUGCUAUUAGGCAACACUGACAACAGUGAACCUCCAUUAGCAUUCUGUGUAAAUUUUUUAAGACAGGAAUCGCACUGUGCCCCUGUAAUUUUAUUGUUUGAAAUGAAUCGCAAUAUCACUGAAGAGGAAAUGGCACAGAGAGAUAUCAUUGAUAAACAAUGGAUUGACAGUGCUGAGGUGGAUGCCCGUCCAUUCCUACACUAUCUGCAGUAUCUCACGUAUGGGGGACUCGGUGAACGUGACAAACAGCUUCAUGCUAUGGGGGUCCUCGAGGCUUAUAUAGAUAUACGAAAUCAACUCAACCUGUAUCACUUAGAGACAGCAUUGAACUUGCUCGGGCAUUGUUACGAAAUGGAAGGAGACUAUGCAGGAGCGUUACAUUACUACGAGUCUUCGUUGAGUUGUCGUCGUACAAACAACGCCGCUAACUGGCACGUCCUGCGUAUUAUGCGUCUCAUAAGUGGUUAAAAGAACAAUAUAGCAAUGUAACGACAUUAAACAAAUAACUAUAAAGCUAUGUUAAAUAUAAGAUAGUUGUGACCAGUUAGUUAGUCUCGAUUAUGUAAUUUAAUGAUAUGUACAUGUAUUAUAAACUGUAAGAAGAGGCAAUGUAUACUGUAAGAAGAGGCAAUGUAUUUGUAUGUUUCAAAAUAUUAACAUCGCUACAUUGUACACUCUGAAUUGGUGUGUUGAAUACUCACUUAUUUCUGUCAAAUACGCAUGAUGAUGUGUAAAUUGUUAUAUGCACGUGCUCUUAUAUUUUUUGUUAUGAAUCUUUUGGACGCACUUUAGAAUCAGAAGUUAUAAUCAACCACUACGACUAUACAUAUAAUUCAUAUAUUUACCUCCACGUGGAAUAUAUACGUGUGUCCAGGAAGGUCAAUAAGCCAUUUUACGGUUCAAAUUGUAAUUAAAUUGUUUUACAAAUGAAUAAAAAAUCAAGAUGUAAGCUACAUACAAUCUUCCUCAAUUGCGCAGGAAUUGGAUGGAGAAUAUAAAGAUUUGAUACAUAAAUGUGUUAAUGCAUUGAAUAAUGAACAUAUAUGAAUAGAGCUUGUUUGCUAUGAAUACAUUUGUACAUUUUAAAUUGAUGAUUUUGUGUAUAUUACCCGAGCACGAAAUGCUUAUGUUAACCUUUUUCUCGUUCUUCGCAAAUUAAAUCUUAAACAUAGUACUUGAACACAAUAAAAUACCAAGUUUAACAAUGUC